AUGGGUGUAGUAGAAUCUGUCAAGCCGGCCAUUGAGUCGGCCUCGGACUCGUCAGAAUCUGUUAACAAAACAGUGCCCAAAGAGUCGAUUGCGUCCAUCGAACCGCUUGGCAAACCUCGACCCGAAAGAAGAUUCUGGUUUCAGAAAAGGAAAAAUUAUGACAAAACUUCAAUCGGAACUCAGCCCAGUGUCUACGACGAUGCUGUUCUAGCACCACAGUACCAGCCACGUGAUGAUUGGGAGAACCUCCACCGUUUCAAUCCUUCUGCAAGAUGGACCUGGGAGGAAGAGGACGCCGUUGUUCGGAAGACGGACUGGAGAAUCAUGAUCUGGGCUUGUAUAAUGUUUAUUGGCCUUGAAAUUGAUCGCGCCAACUUGAGUCAGGCUUUGACAGACAAUUUCCUAAACGACUUGGGAAUGACGACGAACCAUUAUAACAUGGGCAAUACUGUCUUUUCCCUUUCGUUCCUUUGCGCCGAGCUGCCUUCUCAGCUAGUGUCAAAAUGGGUCGGGCCUGAUCGCUGGAUUCCAGCGCAACUUGUUCUUUGGUCGUUAGUGGCUGUCUGUCAGUUCAAGCUCAACGGCUAUGCUACGUUCUUGAUUUGCCGCUGCCUUCUGGGGCUGCUGCAGGGAGGCUUUAUACCCGAUAUCAUUUUGUAUCUGUCGUACUUCUACAAGCACGCGGAGAUGACAAUCCGACUUGGCUUCUUCUGGAUGGCAAUGACCUUCGCAGACAUCUUAUGCGCACUUCUGGCGUACGGUAUUCUUCACAUGAGAGGUGUCCUUGGCUACGAAGGUUGGAGAUGGCUAUUCUUGAUCGAGGGGCUUUUCACCAUGUGUAUUGGCUUUCUCUCAUUCCUACUAAUGCCAGCGGGACCCACACAAACUGCUAGCUGGUUCAGGGGUAAGAAUGGAUGGUACACUCCUAGAGAGGAAGAGAUUAUGGUUAAUCGUAUCAUCCGUGACGAUCCGAAUAAGGGAUCUAUGCACAAUCGCCAGAGAAUCACCCUCAGGUUGCUUUGGAAGAGCAUGUGCGACUAUGAUUUAUGGCCGAUUUACCUCAUUGGUUUCACGUUCCUUAUUCCCGCCACUACUCCAAGACAGUACCUGACCCUAUCCCUCCGUGGCCUUGGGUUUAAUACAUUUCAUACGAACUUGCUUGUCAUCCCACAGCAGGUUCUAGGCACAAUUACAAUGAUGUUGCUGUUGUGGAUUGCCGAAAGAACCAAAAACAUUCUUGCUUGGGCGGCAUUCUCUCAAGUUUGGAUGCUGCCGUUCCUCAUCUGGCUAAGGGUUGUUGACAGCACGAAAGUCUCGAGGUGGGUCGUCUGGAUUGUCAUGACCCUUAUGUUGGCAAAACCAAUGCCACAUCCGAUGCAAGUGAAUCUCGUAUCACGUAAUUCCAACGCCGUCCGUUCAAGAACUGUGUCUGCGGCCCUGUACAACAUGACGGUGCAGGUCAGCAACAUCAUUGGUUCCAACAUUUACAGGGCUGAUGACUCUCCUUUGUACCGCCGGGGCAAUAGUGUUCUCCUGGGCCUUGUAGCUUGGAACCUUAUCCUCUACGCAGGCAGUAGGACCUACUAUAAAUGGCGUAACAAUGUGAGGGUUGGAAAGUGGGAGGCCAUGCGUGAGGAUGAAAAGGUCGCAUACCUAGACCAGAAUGACGACGAAGGUAGCAAGCGUUUGGACUUCCGCUUCACUUACUAG